AUGACGCGAGUUCUAUUGACAGGAGGCAGCGGCUUCAUUGCCGCACACACCCUUGAUGUCUUGCUUGACCACGGCCACAGCGUUGUGACGACUGUGCGCACGCAAGACAAGGCAGAUAAGAUCAAAGAGUCGUACAAAAGCCAUGUUGAAAAAGGCCAGCUGGACUUUGCCAUUGUUCCGGAUAUCGCACAACCGGAUGCUUUUGACCAGGCCGUCGUUUCAGACCCUCCAUUCGAGGCUGUACUCCACACUGCCAGCCCGUUCCACUUCAAUGUUACCGAUGUCCAGAAAGAUUUACUCGACCCCGCCGUCAUUGGAACCACGGGCAUCUUGAAGUCCAUCAAGAAGAAUGCGCCAACAGUAAAGCAAGUCGUCAUCACAUCGUCUUUUGCCGCUAUUGUGCAUCCGUCCAAAGGCUUUUGGCCAGGACACGAAUACUCAGAGGAGGACUGGAAUCCCAUGACGCUAGAAGAUGCACUCAAAGACGCAGUCGCAGGAUACCGAGCAAGUAAGACCUUUGCAGAGAAGGCAGCCUGGGAAUUUGUAGAAAAGGAGAAGCCCAACUUCACACUCUCUACCAUCAAUCCGCCAAUGGUGUACGGCCCAAUCGUACACCCUCUCGAAAGCCUCGACAACAUGAACACAUCCAACCAGCGCAUCCUCGCCGCCGUCCAAGGCAAAUUCAAGGACGAAAUUCCCAUUUCCGGCGUGCACUUCUGGGUAGACGUACGUGAUGUUGCAGAGGCACACGUGGCCGCGAUAGAGAAGCCCGAGGCGGCCAACAAGCGCUUCUUUGUCAUAGCUGGAUACUUUUCCAACAAGGAAAUGUGCCAGAUCAUCAAGAAGAACUUUCCAGAGUUCAAAGACUUACCCAGCGACUCAACGCCCGGCGGCGACUACCCUGAGGGUGCCCCCGACAAGGGAUUGUACAAAUUCAACAACAAGAGGUCUAUUGACGUCCUUGGCUUGAAGUACAAGACUUUUGAGCAAUCUAUAGUCGAUACUGUCAAGUCAUUCCAGAAAAAGGGGUUAUAA